UAUGUCGGGCGCCCGAGGAGUUUCACGGACUUGGACCGGACGGCGACCGUUUCGCGCGCGACAAUCGCCGGAGAGCACUAGUAGUAUCGGCGGACGUCGUUAGAAUCGAUGUUUUCCACUUUCGAUAGUGCUGUCGGUGCAUUUUAUAUGGCGGGAACGGACCCAUGCACAUUCUCUGUACCUGCUCGUGCCGAGACGGUUAACAGUCCGAAAUUCACGGCACGCGAGUCCGCGCAGUACAUAUUGUCAUUACCGUCGUCGUUGUUACUAUCAUUGUUAUUGUUAAUUAUUAUAUAAUCGUUAUUGUUAUUAUAACUAUUAAUAUAUCAAUACUAUUUCGGUGUGCCGUUCCACGUUUUGAAUAAUUUUCGAUUAAAAAACAAAACAUAAAUAUCGUCAACGUAUUGCAUAAAUUAUUGUUAAAGUCGAUAAAAAAUUAACAUCCGAUCGUAGUACAACACGGGAACGAUUGUCAUUGUAACACGGUGCACUAUAUAUAAUACAUAUAUAUAUAUAUAUACUAUUCGUACAUACCUACCUACACGUCGGAUCCGUAACUGCUAGGAUUGUUUCGUCUUUUUAAUAAUAAUAAAACAAAAAAAAAACUUUGAACUUUCCGAAGAACAUUAGAAAAUAUUUCAAAGUGUUACGAUAUACCCAUCGUGUGAUAUUACAAAACUUGUGGAGAAUAUUCGGCUAUUUAACUUACUUAAUUGAAAGGCGACCGCCGUUUCGAAAAUGGUGAUUCGCGUACAUCAGCAGAAUGGUAUCUUCAAUUCAUCACGGAGCGCGUUCACUCUAUGACGAUCUGCGGUGUGGCCUCCAUGAAGAGCAUGUACCCGGUGGCUUGGAAACCCAAAUACUUUAUGCUCUAUGCUGUCCUACACGUGUGCAGUUUAGACUUGGCACUGGGCGGUAUGUGUUGGGGAUCGAUAGGUAAAAACGGCCUUUGCAAGGACCUGUUGGCUGAGCGUGUGUCAAAAGAUCAAUGUUGCGAGCUGGGCGGCACUUCCGUAUCCACGUCCUGGAGUCCGACUGACUUGGACUCGGGCGCGCUAUUCUUCUGGAGCGUAUUGGGCGACGGUAUACCGUGCACCAGAUGCAAAGGUUCGUGCACGGACGUGGAAUGCGGUGCCGGGAAGGCGUGCGUUAUGCGAUCCGGUUCGCCAAAGUGCAUCUGCUCGCCGAACUGCAAACGGCACGACGGGCUCCGGGCCAAGGGUCCGGUUUGCGGUACGGACGGGGUGUCGUACAAGUCGCACUGCAGGCUGAAAAAGAGAUCGUGCCGCACCCGAGACCAAUCGUUGACGGUCGCCUACCACGGACUGUGCCAGAACUCUUGCGAUAAAGUCAGCUGCCCCGAAGGCAAGUAUUGCUUACAAGACCAGAACCUGAUGCCGCACUGCGUCCAAUGCGCCACUUACUGCCCGCCGGGCAUGUUGCCGUCCAAGCUGGUGUGCGGGUCCGACGGUCGGACUUACCAGAGCACGUGUCACCUACGAGAAGCCGCGUGUCGAGUGGGCAAAGCUAUACCGAUAGCGUACAAAGGGCGAUGCAAGAAGUCGGCCACGUGCGCCACGGUGAGCUGCAAGGGCGGUCAGAAGUGUCUGGUGGAGAAGUCCGGACGUCCGAGGUGCGUGACGUGCAACCUGCCGUGCCCGGAGCCGGAGACGUCGGGCGGCAAGCGCAAGGACACCGGAGGACCUGUGUGCGGCAGCAACGACAAGACGUAUCACUCCUGGUGCCACAUGUUCAUGGACGCGUGCGCCACCGGCCUGGUGAUCGAGACCAAAGCUUCCGGUCCGUGUCGCCGGCACGAAGGCGACGGCAUCGGUGAUACGGACGUAUUCAACGGCAAUUGGAAUUUCGUGAACGCGUCCAACGUCGUGCUGGCCGACGCGGUUUGAACGGGACGGAUUUACUGUUUAGAAACGUGGUAUGAUUCCUCUGCAUAGACAAAUUGAAAUACUACAGAAUAUUAUUUAUAAACUAAUACAUAGUCGCGUGCGUGUGCGCACCGGUACACAUAUUAUAGCGAAAUUAUCAAAAUAUCACAGUACAUUAUAUCGUUAUGUUAUCACGCGUUUGCACUGUUUAAUUAAUGGCCGUUUUUGAAUCGGUAACAAUGUCGAGUGGUGGUGACGAGCAUACCGUUUUCGGUACGGCAUUCGUAACCGCGUGGGCGUGCGCGGAGUUCAAGAGGACGAGUUAGUAGUGUAUUAAUUGUUUAAUCGGUUCGUUUUUUUUUUUUUACACGUUUUCCUUGGCUAGCAUAUUUUGAGUAAAAAAAAAAAAAAAAAGCCUCCGAAAUCUAUGGGGUCGUAAUCGUUUUACUCGCCGUAGGUACCUGCGACGCGCAUUGUUUUUUGCAGCGGUUAUCGGGCGUUUAGUCGGAUAUCCACUUGAACGCUGUUGAAAAACAAUAUCUUACGAGCUAGUUCGACAAACAAUAUCCGUCUAGACUACUUCACGGAUUCUCGCAAUGACCGUGGGGACAAGGCUUGAUAGCAAUAUUAUUGUCCGUGGCAACGUAAGAGGUUAGAUAAUUCGAAUGUAUCUAGAUGCGACAGGUAAUACAGUUGUAUAUAGUUGAAAGAUGAAUAACUUGCAACUAUAAACGUCUAAAUAAAGUCGUCUAACGUAUAAAUUAUCUUAAAAUAGAUAAACGCAGUUCGUCUAGACAAAACAAAGAUAUAAGUUACAUUGUAAAUCGAACUAUUUUUAAACGUAAAGAUAAGAUUAUUUAUUGUUGAACGCUUGUUUAAACUAUGCGAGUUAUAAUAAUAUCACAAGUCUGAUGAAGUUCGUCCGGUUUCUACGUGUGCCAUUACGCCGCUUUAUCAUCUUUCUGCGUAGCGAAAUAGCAUAAUGUUUACUCUUGAAUUCUUGUCUAGACAAAUUCAUACUCCGAAUUUUCUUCGAAUCACCUUCAUAGAUAACGCGAAAUAUUUUCAUCAAGAUAAGGUAAAAUUUAGAUAAAAUCGGUUAAGACUUAUAAUAUUCAACAAUAGUCAGGAAGGCUUGCACUGCAAGUAUCGCGCACGUCCACGUAGGGUGGUAACUGUCGACGCAAAUAGUGUUUGAGUUUUGGGGUUGGAGCCCCCCCACCGGAUCUGACAAUAUUUCAUUGUAAAUUUUAUCAUGAAAAAAAAUACUAAUAUAAAUAGUGUAAUUAUUAAUAUUUGAGAGAUCUAUAAACAGUUUAAGAAGGGGGGGCCAAGGUCUCCCACAACGUCUCAUUUUCGCGUCUACGGUUGUAAAUGUACUAGUAAUAUUUAAUAUAUUGUAAUAAUGUGCACACCCCGAUUUGUUACACGAUUUUAUUCGGAGAUUUGAUUUAAAAACAAAUUUUUACUAUACCUAUAAUAACCGUCGCAGUAUUGUUCACCGCGGGCACAUAAUAAUACGUAGUUUGUAGAAUUUAUAUUAUAAUAUUAUUAUACUCCAGUUUGUAUUUUAUUAAUUAUUAAUGUAAUUUAUUUUAUCGAUUUUCGUGUGAGCUACACGCAAAAUGUGAACGCACCCACAAACGCAUUUGCGUUUUAUACACGUAUAUACAUAUAUAUAAGUUAUAAUUAGUAUUAUAUCUAUUUGUUAUACCGUAUUAUAAUAGUAUUGUAAUAUUUAUUAGUGCUUAAAGGAAUUUUUUUUCACGUGUAUUCGAUGACAAUUGUAUACAAAGAAAAGUAGGCCAAUGAUAACAUAGUAUAAUAAAAAGUUUCUUGUUUGGAUCAUGUUUCAUUUACGAACAAUAUUAUAGUGUCUAGUCAGUUUUUUUUUUUUUUUUUUAAUGAUUAUCUUAACGAACAUAAAUCGUUUUCUAUAUU